AUUGAAACCAACCCUAAGCUCCUUUUUUCUCCGCUCUAAAGGUAGCCCCAAUUAUUGCUGACUUAAGCAUCGGAGUGUCUACCCCAAGAAUCAUCUCGGGGCUUUGCAAGUCAAUCCGGAGUGCAGACGCGAACUGAAGAAGGACAUCUGGUUUUGGUGCAAUUACAUUUGGUGCCGUCUGUGGGAAUCCGAACUGAAAGCUCUUUUGUUGCUUUCUCAUCAUGGUUAACACUCGAUCAGUCCGAGCUGGAAACUCAUCUCAGCCUCUUGGACGAGGCCAGGUCCCUAGCAACCUUCCACCUCACCUUCCACCUCCGAUCCCACAUAUGUUCCCUUCUGUUGAUCAUGUAGAAGGAGAAGAUGAAAAUCAACCACAUAACUCAGCCCACAACUCAGCUUCCACCGCCAACCAAGACGUAGUUGCAGCUCAGCUCGCUACCAUGCAACAACAGUUUGGUGUUUUUCAGUUAGUACUGGCUCAGCUCUUAGCCCGGAACAACCCUGGUGAUCCCCUCAUCAAUUUACUUAACCUUGCUCCACAACCCUUAGCUCGACAGCAAAACCCUGAACUAGUUCAGCAUGCUCCUGCUCUUAGUGAAUCUCAAGUGGUUGAACAGCGAGGUGCCCCACCUCCACACCACGCUGCUGACUCCAUACCCCACCCUCUGAACACCAACAUCACACUGGAACCCUAUCCCACUAGUUUCAGGAUACCACAACUUGAGACUUAUGAUGGGACGAAAGAUCCCGAUGAUCACCUACAUGCUUUCUACUCUUGCAUGCAAAAUCAUAAUGCCUCUGACACGUUGAUGUGUAAAAUCUUUCCCUCUACUCUCCGAGGUAAUGCUCAAACCUGGUAUUACAGUCUACCUCCGAGGUCCAUUAGCUCUUAUAUAGAACUGGCAUCUUCUUUUGCCAUAAAGUUUUCCAAUAGAAGGUUGAUCAAUAAAACUACUUCUGAGCUGAUAACCCAACUCCCUCUAAGAACCAAAACCCCGACUGGAGAGAUGAGAAUUCGAGCAAGAACAGAUGAGGAUAGCACAGAACCGAGGUCCGAUGUUGACCUCCACACCGAGAUUCGGAAGGUCGAACUCAGCACCCCCACAACAAUCUGCAGGCGUCCCGGUUCAAUGAGAACUGCUGCUGCUAGCCGAGACCAUACCAGAUAUUGUGAUUUUCAUCAAGAUCACGGUAAUACAACAGAGCAAUGCAACAGUCUGAGGUUUGAGUUGGAAAGCCUAACUCAGAAAGGAAUGUUGAAUGAGUACAUCCAGAGAGCCGAACAACCAAGAUUUGUCAGAGAACAGGGACAACAGCCUCAAGGAGUCCGUAAUCCACCGAACAGGCAAGGAGUGGGACACCAACAAGCCCCACCUCCUCUUCCACCACAAGCCAGAAUUAUACACAUGAUUACAGGAGGACUGGAAGCAGGGGGGAUGAGCUCCAAGCAAAGGAAGUUACCCACAUUAACAGAGAUCCGAGCUGUGGUCUCUCAAUCUCAUCUCUGCAUGAAAUUUCCUACCCCUAUGGGUACAGCAACACUCAGAGGCAAUCAGGAAGUAGCAAGACAUUAUUAUCUCACUUUGGUCACAAGGCCACAGAAAGAUAAAGACCAACCAGCAAAAAAUCCUCCCCAGGAAAUCCAUGACAAUCGACAAGUGAUGGGGGUUGAAAUCCUCGAUAACCGACCUGAAGAUGAAACCUUAGCUGCUCCGGGUGAAGAUGUUGAAGAGGUACAGAUUGAUGACAGAGAUCCGACCAACAAAACACAGAUGGGAACUCGGUUGAACCCUGAGAACAGAGCAGAGCUGAUAACCUUUCUUCGAGCUAACAAAGAUGCUUUUGCAUGGACCUCAGCAGAUAUGCCAGGAAUUCCCACUUCGGUCAUCAAAGAAGAAGUUGAAAAACUCUUACAAGCUGGCUUCGUUAGACGGGUCGAUUAUUGUGAAUGGGUCGCCAAUCCUGUGUUGGUGAAGAAAGCAAAUGGCAAAUGGCAGAUAUGCAUUGAUUACACUAACCUCAACCAGGCAUGCCCAAAAGACUGUUACCCAAUGCCAAACAUUGACAAGCUAGUUGAGGCAGCUUCUGGAAAUGAGAGAUUAAGUCUCUUGGAUGCAUACUCUGGCUACCACCAAGUACCAAUGGCUCUUGAGGAUGAAGAAAAAACAUCGUUCUAUGCCGGCGAUGAAAUCUAUUGCUAUGUGAUGAUGCCUUUCGGCCUGAAGAACGCAGUGGUGAAGAGUUUGAAAGCUAAAGAUCACUUAACCGACCUCGAGGAGACAUUCAACAAUCUCAGAAAGAACAGAAUGAGGUUAAAUCCAGCAAAGUGUAUCUUCGGUGUGGAGUUGGGAAAAUUUCUAGGCUUCAUGGUGUCAAGAAGGGGGAUUGAGGUUAACCCCGAGAAGAUUAAAGCAGUAGCCGAGAUGGAACCACCGAAGUCACCCCCUUUGCUGACAAAGGCCAAUGAUGGAGAAAUCCUUUACCUGUACCUCAGCAUAUCAGAUGAAGCCAUCAGUUCUGUAUUAGUGAGGGAAGAGGGGAAGCAACAGAAGCGAGUUUACUACACCAGCAGCAUGUUGCAUGGAGCUGAAAUCAGAUAUUCUAUUGCUGAGAAAGCAGCCUUAGUAGUUGUCACUUCGGCCAGGAAACUGAGACCGUAUUUCCAAUCACACCCAAUAAUAGUCCUCACGGAUCAGCCCCUCAGACACAUUUUGCAGAAGCCAAACAAGAUUGAUAAAUUGGGCAAAUGCACCUCCGCUCACUCUGGUUCCCAGUCCGAGGUGGACAGCUGGAUUCUAUAUGUUGAUGGAGCAUCAAGUAACAAAGGUUCUGGCGCUGGUGCAAUCCUACUUGGCCCAGAUGGGUACCAAAGCGAACACGCUCUGAAAUUUAAUUUUGAUGCCACCAACAAUAUGGUUAAGUAUGAGGCUCUGCUACUCAGCUUACAGCUAGCGACAAAACUAAAGGUUGCAGCGAUACAAAUAUAUAGUGAUUCACAGCUAGUAGUCACUCAGGUCAACUCAAUCUGUGAAGUGGUUGAUCCUGUUAUGAUGAACACAGAACCUAGCACACCGAGCUGGACAGAUCCAAUUGUCUCCUUUCUGGGAGACGAAACAGUGCCUACGGAUAAACAAGAAAAGAUGAGGUUGAGGAAGAAAGCAUCUCGGUAUACCCUUGUUAAUGACGUCCUCUAUAAGAGAUCUUUCUCACUCCUUCUACUCCGUUGCCUGAACCCUUAUGAGGCUGAAUACGCACUUCGGGAGGUGCAUGAAGGUGUCUGUGGAAAUCACAUUGGUGCUCGAACUUUGGCUCAUAAAGUCCUUAGACAAGGAUAUUACUGGCCCAACAUGUAUAAAGAUGCCACUCAGUUUGUACAGAGGUGUUCGUUUAUGAAGGGGGUAGGAGGUGUAACCCAUCUGAUUGUUGGUGUGGAUUAUUUUACGAAAUGGGUUGAAGCUCGGCCAUUAUCCAGUCUUACCUCCAAGAAGGUCGAAUACUUUGUUUUCAGCUCAAUCAUCUGCAGAUAUGGGAUCCCGAACCAGAUUGUGGCUGAUAAUGGAACUCAGUUCAACUGCUCCUCAUUCAGAGAUUUCUGCUCUAGUUAUGGGAUCAAAUUGCAGUUCACCUCGGUGUACCACCCGGAAUCUAAUGGGAUGGUAGAGUCUGUCAACAAGGUUAUACUCGAGGGGAUAAAACCAAGGUUGGAGCUGCACAAGGCCAGGUGGGCAGACGAGCUCAACAACGUCCUCUGGGCAUACAAAACCACAAGCCGAACUGCAACAGGUGAAACACCCUACCACCUGGCCUUUGGAACCGAAGCAGUCAUUCCUAUCGAGAUAAGAGUCCCAAGCUUCAGGGUCACCCAUUUCGAUGAAGGACGAAAUGUACAACUACUUCGGGAGAACCUUGAUUUGCUUGACGAAGUCAGAGAGGAAGCACGGCUUCGAACUCUUGUCUGCCUGAUUCUCCACUCCAGCACCUUGCGCCUUUUCUUCUUCUUCUUCCUCCACUACUACCAGCUCAGCAUCAAAGGCUGGAGGGAAGAUAGUGUGUCCAUCUGCGUCACGCUCCCACCUCAGCUUGAUCAGAGGUCGGAAGUCAGCAGAAAGACUUUCACCAUCCUCCUCUACCCCUUUUUCUUGCUUGCCGAAGGUGAUCGUCGUGACGUCCACUUCGGGAUACUCAGCCUUCACCUUCUUUCUACAGUCGGUGAAAGCCAAAAUUGCGGUCGGCAGCAGGUAGAGGUUGAUGAUGUUCUCAAAGGUGCUGGAGUUGAGGAAGUUGCCAAUGUGCUCCUCCAUUCUGUUGUAAACCAGCAGAUUCACAUUCUUCUUCAGCUCCGCCACUCCUUUCUUCAUGUUCUCAAUGUAUUUGUCCUAAGCCUUGAGCUUGUCUUCACAGAUCUUCCUCUUACGUUCUUCGAAGACAAGCCUCGUGCUCAAGCUCCUCCUUCUCUUUCUGCAGCUCCUCCUUCUCCUUCUACAGCUCCUCACAUUGCCUCUGCAAGCUGGCACGAUCUCUCACGCUCUUCGCAUACUCAUGUGCUAGAGCGUUAACCUAGCUUGCACUCUGUAAUGCAAGCAGAAGUUAGAACUCAA